UCGACACACUAGUGCUGCACUGCUCUCUCUCUCUCAUUCUCUCUCUCUCUCUCUCUCUCUCUCUGCGGAAUGCGCACUGCACUUGUGAGUGGGCAGAACGUCGGGCGUUACAGAGAAAUCGAGGUCUGCUCUCACUCAGUCCUCGCUUGAGUGCUCAGGUUUCGGCAGAGUGCCUUGAGAAUCGCAUUUACACAGUUUUCCAUUUAAAAAAGCUUUCUAUUGAGACCUUAAACAUCGUUUUAACCCUUUCUCCACACUAUUCAAGGGUUGAAUAGUUUUUUAUUACUCUCAAAGAGAGUGUUAGCCCCGAGGCGUUGACUCUGUGAGUGCACAUUUAUUUCGUCCAGGAAAAUGGCAAAGGAGGAUAAGAAGAAUGCGUGGAAGGAGUUCUUCUGGAACCCGAGAACGCGCGAGUUCUGCGGAAGGACCGCGAGCAGUUGGGGUCUGAUCCUGUUGUUUUAUCUGGCGUUCUACAUUUUCCUGGCUGGAUUAUUUGCUCUCACCAUGUACGUAAUGCUGCAGACGCUCGAUGACCACAGACCAACAUACCAAGAUAGACUUUCAACUCCAGGGAUGAUGAUCAGACCUAAAGGAGAGCAGCUGGAGAUCGCUUACACCGUGGAGUACACAGAGACCUGGGAAAGAUAUGUCCAGGCCCUCAAUAACUUCCUCUCACCCUACAACGACACAGUCCAGGCCCAGAAGAAUUAUGAAUGCAAACCGGAUCAGUACUUCAUCCAGGAGGACAGUGGCAGCUUGAAAAACUUCCCCAAGCGUUCCUGCCAGUUCAAACGCUCCAUAUUGGAGGAAUGCUCUGGGAUCACAGAUCGUUUAUAUGGUUACAGUGAUGGCAAGCCCUGCAUUAUCAUCAAGCUUAACCGUGUGAUUGGUCAGUUGCCUGCUAAGGAUGGGCAGCCUCCUUACGUCACAUGUGGUGCUAAGAAAUACAAAGUUGGGAAAGAUGAGUGGACUGAUGACACAGAUAAACUUGGUGAACUGCUGUACUUUCCCCCAAAUGGCACCUUUAACCUUAUGUACUACCCAUACUAUGGCAAGAAAGCCCAGGUGAACUACUCUCAGCCUCUAGUGGCCAUUAAGUUCCUCAACAUCACCAAGAAUGAGGACGUCAACGUGGAGUGCAAAGUCAACGCUAACAACAUCCCUCAGGGCAAUGAACGAGACAAGUUUGCUGGACGCAUUUCCUUCAAACUGAGGAUCAACUCCAUAGAUUAAACAGGCGAAAGUGUGUUCCUUUUCUUUUACACACAGGUACACACACACACACACACACACACACACACACACAGGUCCUCCCCAUCUAAAAGAGUGUAGGAUUAUGCACAGAAGGCACAGCUAGAUAAACCAGACAAAGCAAUCCUCAGCACAGACAGAGCAGAAUAAUACUUAAGCCUUUCAAAGAAAUUUUUUUUUUUUCAUUUGAGAUUGUAGAGAGUUAGAAAUUAAGUUUUUGUGUGCAUUUGUGUGUGUACAUCAGUGUCUGUGUGUGUGUUUGCAUGUGUGAGCUGAGGUACACUCUUAAAAAUGAAGGUGCUUAAAAGGUUCUUGACAGCGAUGCCAUAGAAGAACCAUUUUGGUUCCACAAAGAAGCAUUCAGUAAAAGGUUCUUUAAAGAAUCAUCUCUUUUUAACCUUUUUAUAAUCUGAAGAACUUUCUUUUGCCACAAAGAACCUUUUGUGAAACAGAAAUGUUCUUCAGAUAUUAUUGGUUCUUUAUGGAACCAUUUAGACAAAAAAAAUGUUUUUCUAUGGCAUCGUGAAGCACCUUUAUUUUUAGGCGGUAUCACAGUUUUUAUUUUCUGAAACACAAAACUCGAAUUGCAUGCUCAGCUAUCAGAGUUAUUUAUUAAAAAUAAUAUAUUCUAUUAAAACAAUAUUAAGAAAGGGAUGUAAUUAAAAAGAGAGAGAGAAAUUGCUAAUAAAUAUGCUCUUUCCUUCCUUCAGUAUCUGUAUUAAUGUAGCAGAAUUAAUUUAUUAUAAUUUUAAAGCAGGUAUCUAUGAACUAAUAUGGCACAAUCUCAUGUGUGUUUGGAGCAUCUCUUGACUUUUUUGCAUGUGUGUAUCAGUUCUGAAGAGCGGUAUUGAAAUCUCCUCUCUCUGAUUUGUGACUUUGUAAGUGAAGAGGAUAUUUUAAACUAACAUGUAGCUAAUGCUGUGCAUGAUGAACAUCCUCUCCAGCACACACAAGAAAACUGAUACAUUUCUGCAUUCCUAUUGGUUUUGACACAGCCUGUACUUUCAUAUGAAGAAAUGUGUCAUGUUUCAUUUAUCAUGAGGCAUGUCUAAGUUUGUUUAUAUGUAAAAAAUAGUUCUUUGCGGUAUUUAGUUAAUUAAUUUUCCUUAUUUUUUUUUUUUUUUUUUUAUGUGUAAUCCAAUUUGUCUCACAUGAUGAGGGGAUAUGAUGUUUUGUAUUAUUUUCCAUCGGCUCAGAGGAUGACAGCAGGCCUGGGUUCAGUUUAAAAUAUUAAAAAAAAUAGAUAGAAAAAGUUUGUUUGAUAUGUGUGUGAGAGAAUAUGUGUGGAUUCCUGCAUGUGUGUUUUGAUUUAAUUUGAUUUAUGUUAAUGUUUGUGCACAUUUAACUUUCAUUUAAAAUAUUUUUGGGAUUUUGUUGUAAGUGACUCUAAGCAUAACCAUAGAGAGAGAGAUAGAGGCGCACUAAGAGCAGGAGCAGCAGGCUUACGUUUCUGCUUAUAAGGAAGACAAAAUUUAAUCCAUCCCAGUCCUUACCCUGCAUGAGUCAAUAAAACAAAAGACAUGGUCACCAACCAACUCAUUUCUCAUUCUCAUUUUUUUUUUUAAACACCUAAACUCACUCUCUGAGUACAUACACCUCAUGCUCCAUUCUGAGAAGUGUGUUGUGGAGAGUUCAUGUACACUCUGUGUCAUUGAACUGACCAGUGUGUACACUUCCUCUAAUGCCCUAAUCUUUUAAUCUUACUCUCAUAGAUAGAUAUGGUGCUUUACACCGACAUUUCCUCAAAAGCAUCUAUCUAUCUGUAUAUCUAUCUAUCUAUAAAUUGUCAGCUCUUUUACUGAAAAAUAUUCAGUGACAAAACACUUCUUCACAUUUGAUCACUUUCACAUGUGCAUCUGUGUUGACUUCUGUGUCUGUAUAUUGUAUAUUUUAUAUUUGUGCAUGGUAAGGUUCAAAUCAACAGAAUUAAAUAUUCAUUUACCUCAGGCCCCAAAUCACAUUUCAUUAACUUGACCCUGUACACUAGUUCCCUCUGGAAUAGAAAAAAUGUAAAAAAAAAAAAAAAAAAAAAAAAUUCUGGAAAAUAGAGUUUGUAACACCAUGCAUAAAAGGGAAAAAGAGAAUAUAUAUAUAUAUAUAUAUAUAUAUAUAUAUAUAUAAAAUAAGUGAAGUUUUUGAUGCAUGCAGGGAUUGAGACAAUGUUUUUGUAAACAGCGCCCCUAGUGUAAACCAACUGUUUCUGCUGAAGUACACACUUUUUGGUGCAUAAGCAUGUGUUUUAUUAUACAUGAAUCUUCUUAAAAGCAGUAUAUUUAUAUUUUGAGUCCCUUUGGUGUAUAAAGAAAAGUUACAUGCUAUGUGUGUAUUUUUCUUUAGAUUGGCUGAUCAUGAAGAGAAAUAUUUAUAUUUCAGUAAGUUUAUAGAUGAGAACGGCUAUAUGGAUUUUAAAAUCACAUGCAAUAUAGAAAAGAUCCUAUAUUUUCAGAGAACCUAUAUUUCUAUUUUUGUUGAUCAUUUAUGAAUAAAAGCAUGUAAUAGCUGGGGAAUGUGGCUCGAUAUUAAGCUUUGCAGUCUUUAUUAUAAAAUACAAGGAGGUCACGGGAUUUAAUCAGCCCAAGAAUGUAAUAAAUCAUCAUCAUUUUAAUCUGGACAUCUUUGUUGCUUUUGAAAUGCCAAAAUGUAUGCAACUUUUAUGUUUGAUAAAACUAACAUUGACAAUACAAUAUCUGUUUUAAAUAGGUCUCUUGUGAACAUUAACCAACAGAACUUUUGAAAACUAGAUGAAAAGUAAUUUACCUAAUGUAUAUGAAUAAGUAUAUAGAGUAAAUGCUGUGGUUUAGAUGUGUUUGAACAGAUGGAGUCGGCUGUGUGAACAGGCUCACCACCUCAACAACAUCACAGAACAAAAACUGCAGUUUCAUUUGAUAUGUGCUCAGAUGUUUGAUGAACAAUGAGAACCUGACAUUAUACUGACUAGUUAAGUUAAACACCUAAUAAUGUAUAUGUUCAUAGGCUUAAACUACUGUACUGAAAUAACAAACCUAAUAAAAUGAUCAAAAAUG